AACAGCAGUAAAAAGAGGGAAACAUUUAGCACUGUUUUAGCUUCCACUCUUACUAAUAAGUAGCUUAGACUUGCAGCUUCUCACUCUCUCUCUCUCCCUCCUUGUCUUCUUCUCUGUUCUCUCAUCUAGGGUUGUGUUGUCUCUAGAGGUGGAGUGUGUAGUUACCGGGAAAAAUGGCGUCCUCCUCGAGAGGCGGCCCAGAUCAGUCGACGCCGACGCCGCAGCCGCAGCCGCAGCGGCGGAUCAUGAGGACGCAGACGGCGGCGGGGAAUCUUGGAGAGUCUAUAUUUGACAGUGAGGUUGUACCGUCUUCACUCGUUGAGAUCGCACCGAUUCUUCGUGUUGCUAAUGAAGUGGAAUCUGGGAAUCCAAGAGUUGCUUAUUUAUGCCGAUUUUAUGCCUUCGAGAAAGCUCAUAGGUUGGAUCCCACUUCUAGUGGACGUGGUGUUCGCCAAUUUAAAACUGCACUUCUUCAACGUCUUGAAAGGGAGAAUGAUCCAACCUUGAUGGGAAGGGUGAAAAAGAGUGAUGCAAGGGAAAUGCAGAGUUUUUAUCAGCAUUACUACAAAAAAUAUAUCCAAGCUUUGCAAAAUACUGCUGAUAAAGCUGACCGUGCUCAGCUUACAAAGGCUUAUCAAACUGCUAAUGUUCUCUUUGAGGUUUUGAAGGCUGUUAAUCUGACACAAUCUGUUGAAGUGGACCGUGAGAUUUUAGAAGCUCAUGAUAAAGUUGCUGAGAAGACUGAGAUCUAUGUUGCUUACAAUAUCCUUCCUCUUGAUCCUGAUAGUGCAAAUCAGGCAAUUAUGAGGUAUCCCGAGAUCCAAGCUGCCGUUUUUGCUCUGCGCUAUACGAGGGGUCUUCCUUGGCCCAAGGACUACAAGAAGAAAAAAGAUGAAGAUAUUUUAGAUUGGCUUCAGGCAAUGUUUGGGUUUCAGAAGGAUAAUGUAGCUAAUCAGAGGGAGCACUUAAUCUUAUUACUUGCAAAUGUGCACAUUAGACAAUUUCCAAAGCCUGAUCAGCAACCCAAGUUGGAUGAGCGUGCAUUGACAGAAGUGAUGAAGAAGCUUUUCAAGAACUACAAAAAAUGGUGCAAGUACCUCGAUAGAAAAAGUAGUCUUUGGUUGCCAACCAUACAGCAGGAGGUGCAACAGCGUAAAUUACUCUAUAUGGGUCUGUAUCUUUUGAUAUGGGGGGAAGCUGCAAACUUGAGAUUCAUGCCAGAAUGCCUGUGCUACAUUUAUCAUCAUAUGGCAUUUGAACUUUAUGGCAUGCUAGCUGGGAAUGUCAGUCCAAUGACAGGGGAAAAUGUCAAGCCUGCUUAUGGAGGUGAAGAAGAGGCAUUCUUGAAAAAAGUUGUUACCCCUAUCUACGAUGUGAUUGCAAAGGAAGCUAAAAGGAGUCAAAAGGGGAGAUCAAAGCAUUCUCAAUGGAGAAACUAUGAUGAUUUAAAUGAAUACUUCUGGUCAGUUGAUUGCUUUCGGUUAGGUUGGCCAAUGCGUGCAGAUGCUGAUUUCUUUCACCUACCUCCUGAAAAAUCCCGAAAUGAGAGAAAUGGGGAGAACAAACCAGCCUUUAGAGAUCGAUGGGUGGGGAAAGUUAAUUUUGUUGAGGUACGUACAUUCUGGCAUAUCUUUAGAAGCUUCGAUCGGAUGUGGAGUUUUUUUAUCCUGUGCUUACAGGCUAUGAUUAUUGUUGCUUGGAAUGGUUCGGGGCAACUAAGUUCUGUCUUUACUGGUGAUGUAUUCAAGAAAGUAUUGAGUGUCUUCAUAACAGCUGCAAUAUUAAAGCUUGGGCAAGCUGUCCUUGAUGUAAUCCUCAAUUGGAAAGCACGACAGAUCAUGUCAUUCCAUGUCAAGUUGAGAUAUAUUCUGAAGGUUGUUUCAGCUGCUGCAUGGGUGGUAGUUCUACCUGUUACUUAUGCUUAUACUUGGGAGAACCCUCCGGGGUUUGCUCAAACCAUUAAAAGCUGGUUUGGUAAUAAUUCUAGCUCGCCUUCCUUGUUUAUUUUGGCGGUAGUGGUCUACUUGUCACCAAAUAUGUUAGCAGCAACCCUGUUUCUUUUUCCCUUCAUUCGUCGAUUCCUUGAGAGGUCAAACUACAAGAUUGUGAUGCUCAUGUUGUGGUGGUCACAGCCGCGACUCUAUGUUGGACGAGGAAUGCAUGAGAGCGCACUUUCACUCUUCAAGUAUACAGUGUUUUGGGUCCUUCUUAUAGUGACGAAGUUGGCAUUUAGUUACUACAUAGAGAUAAAGCCUUUAGUUGGUCCAACAAAAGCUGUUAUGAAUGUUCGUGUUACUACUUUCCAGUGGCAUGAGUUUUUUCCUCGUGCAAGGAACAAUAUCGGAGUUGUGAUUGCUCUCUGGGCUCCAAUUAUUCUUGUAUAUUUUAUGGAUGCCCAGAUUUGGUAUGCCAUAUUUUCCACAUUAUUUGGAGGUAUUUAUGGUGCAUUCAGACGUCUUGGAGAGAUUCGAACAUUAGGAAUGCUUAGAUCCCGUUUCGAAUCAUUGCCUGGUGCUUUUAAUGCCUGUUUAAUUCCAGAGGAGAAGAGUGAGCCGAAAAGGAAAGGACUGAAGGCCACUUUGUCUCGCAAGUUUGCUGAGAUUCCCUCUAACAAAAAUAAAGAGGCAGCGAGAUUUGCUCAGUUAUGGAACAAAAUUAUCAGUAGUUUUAGAGAGGAAGAUCUAAUAAGCAAUAGGGAAAUGGAUUUGUUGCUUGUUCCAUAUUGGGCUGAUCAAGAUUUGGAACUCAUACAAUGGCCUCCAUUUUUGCUUGCCAGCAAGAUUCCAAUAGCCUUGGAUAUGGCGAAGGACAGUAAUGGUAAAGAUAAAGAGUUAAAAAAGAGAAUUGGGGCUGACAACUACAUGUCUUGUGCUGUUCGUGAAUGUUAUGCUUCAUUUAAGAACAUCAUCAAGUUCUUGGUUCAAGGAUUGCGCGAGAAAGAAGUGAUCAAUUUCAUAUUUUCUGAAGUUGACAAACACAUAGAAGAUGGUACCUUGAUAAGUGAGUACAACAUGAGUGCUCUUCCUAGCCUCUGCAAUCAUUUUGUGAAGCUUAUCGCGUAUUUGCAAAAUAACAAACAGGAGGACAGAGAUCAAGUUGUGAUUCUCUUCCAGGACAUGCUAGAGGUUGUGACACGAGACAUAAUGAUGGAGGAUCAUAUAUCGAGCUUGGUGGAUUCAGUGCAUGGUGGAUCUGGGCAUGAGGAGAUUACUUCUUUCAAUCAACAAUAUCAGUUGUUUGCAUCUUCUGGAGCUAUCAAGUUUCCUAUCGAUCCAGUAACAGAAGCAUGGAAUGAGAAGAUCAAGAGGCUUCAUCUUUUGCUUACAACAAAAGAAUCUGCCAUGGAUGUGCCAUCGAACUUAGAAGCUAGAAGGCGUAUUUCUUUCUUCUCAAAUUCAUUGUUUAUGGACAUGCCUGCCGCGCCUAAAGUUCGCAAUAUGCUUUCUUUCUCUGUUUUAACUCCAUACUACAUGGAGGAGGUACUAUUUUCCUUGAAAGAUCUGGAAGAGGCAAAUGAAGAUGGUGUUUCAAUCCUCUUUUACUUGCAAAAAAUCUUUCCAGAUGAAUGGAACAAUUUUCUUGAUCGAGUAAAUUGCAAAAAUGAAGAAGAACUGAAAGCAAAGGAGAAGUUAGAGGAACAACGCCUAUGGGCUUCAUAUAGGGGUCAAACGUUGACUAGAACUGUAAGAGGUAUGAUGUAUUAUCGGGAGGCUUUGGAGCUCCAAGCUUUUCUUGAUAUGGCCAGACAUGAAGAUUUGAUGGAGGGCUAUAAAGCUAUAAAAUUAAACACAGAGGAUCAGUCAAAGGGAGAAAGGUCACUGUUGGCACAAUGUCAAGCUGUAGCUGACAUGAAAUUCACAUAUGUGGUAUCAUGCCAACAAUACGGUAUUGAUAAGCGAUCUGGUCAUGCUCGAGCACAGGACAUUUUGAGGCUCAUGACAAUGCAUCCAUCACUCCGUGUGGCAUAUAUUGAUGAGGUUGAAGUAACUAGCCAAGACAAAUCCAAGAAGAGCAACCAAAAAGUUUAUUAUUCUGCUCUUGUGAAGGCAGCCUCUCCCAAGUCUAUUGAUUCUUCAGAGCCAGUACAAAAUUUGGAUGAGGUUAUUUAUCGAAUCAAACUUCCUGGACCAGCCAUAUUGGGGGAGGGAAAACCUGAAAACCAAAAUCAUGCUAUUAUCUUUACACGUGGAGAAGGCUUGCAGACAAUAGAUAUGAACCAGGACAACUACAUGGAGGAGGCUUUAAAAAUGAGGAAUUUGCUGCAAGAAUUUCUCAAGAAGCAUGAUGGUGUGAGAUUUCCUUCAAUACUUGGACUUAGGGAACAUAUAUUUACGGGAAGUGUUUCAUCUCUGGCAUGGUUUAUGUCCAAUCAGGAAACCAGUUUCGUGACUAUAGGUCAAAGACUUUUGGCCAACCCACUAAAGGUUCGGUUCCACUAUGGUCAUCCAGAUGUGUUCGAUAGGCUUUUUCACCUCACUAGAGGGGGUGUUAGUAAAGCAUCAAAAGUUAUCAAUUUAAGUGAAGACAUUUUUGCUGGUUUCAAUUCUACACUUCGUGAAGGCAAUGUUACACAUCAUGAAUACAUUCAAGUCGGGAAGGGGAGGGAUGUGGGACUCAAUCAUAUUUCUAUGUUUGAGGCCAAAAUUGCUAAUGGUAAUGGUGAGCAGACGCUGAGUCGUGAUAUAUACCGGCUUGGACACCGCUUUGACUUUUUCCGUAUGUUGUCUUGCUAUUUCACCACUGUUGGUUUCUACUUCAGUACUCUGAUUACUGUUCUUACUGUAUAUAUAUUCCUUUAUGGCCGUCUUUAUCUUGUUCUGAGUGGAUUGGAAGAAGGUUUAAUUGAUCAGAAAGCAAUUCGAGAUAAUAAACCUCUUCAAGUGGCUCUUGCUUCUCAAUCUUUUGUUCAAAUUGGGAUUUUGAUGGCCUUGCCUAUGCUGAUGGAAAUUGGCCUGGAAAGGGGUUUUCGAACUGCGCUAAGUGAAUUUAUAUUAAUGCAAUUGCAACUUGCACCAGUAUUUUUCACAUUUUCUCUCGGAACCAAGACACACUAUUAUGGAAGGACUUUGCUUCAUGGAGGUGCGAAAUACAGGCCUACAGGUCGAGGAUUUGUGGUGUUCCAUGCCAAGUUUGCUGAGAACUACAGGCUUUAUUCUCGCAGCCACUUUGUGAAGGGUAUUGAGAUGAUGAUUUUGCUUGUUGUGUACCAAAUCUUUGGCCAGCCUUACAGAAGUGCUCUUGCUUAUAUCUUGAUUACUAUAUCUAUGUGGUUUAUGGUUGGGACAUGGCUUUUUGCUCCCUUCCUGUUUAAUCCCUCUGGUUUUGAGUGGCAAAAGAUCGUUGAUGAUUGGACUGAUUGGAAUAAAUGGAUUAGCAACCGAGGGGGUAUAGGUGUACUUCCAGAAAAGAGUUGGGAAUCAUGGUGGGAGGAGGAACAAGAGCAUCUUCGUCACUCAGGAAAACGUGGAAUUGUGGCUGAGAUACUGUUAUCUUUACGAUUCUUUAUCUAUCAAUAUGGGCUUGUAUAUCACUUAAAGAUUACAGAGAACACCAAAAGUUUUCUGGUCUAUGGAAUAUCCUGGCUGGUCAUCUUUCUAAUAUUGUUUGUGAUGAAGACAGUAUCUGUUGGAAGACGCAAGUUCAGUGCAAACUUCCAGCUUGUGUUUCGUCUGAUCAAGGGACUGAUAUUCCUUACUUUCGUCUCCAUUCUGGUGACUUUAAUUGCACUGCCUCACAUGACAAUUCAAGAUAUAGUUGUAUGCAUUCUUGCUUUCAUGCCAACUGGCUGGGGGAUGCUUUUGAUUGCACAAGCUUGUAAGCCUCUUGUUCAUCGCGCUGGCUUUUGGGGAUCAGUUCGGACUCUGGCACGUGGUUAUGAAAUCAUCAUGGGAUUGCUUCUGUUCACUCCAGUUGCAUUCCUCGCCUGGUUUCCUUUUGUGUCUGAAUUCCAGACUCGUAUGCUUUUCAACCAGGCAUUUAGUAGAGGUCUGCAAAUUUCACGUAUUCUUGGUGGUCCAAGGAAGGAUGGGUCUUCUCGAAACAAGGAGUAACCUUGUCCUGGUAGUGUCAACAGGCUAAUGAGAAUCUUGUCCAUGUCUACUGUAACCGACUGUUGUAAUUAUGAAACAGGGGAGUAAAUGUGAUGAUGGAUGAGAGGAAGCGAAUUUUGGUAAUUGGAAUUUAUCAAAAAGCUGCCUUCCUAAUUGUUAUAUUAAUUUCUGUAAGCUAUCACUAAUCCAUGAUUAAUUUAAUUCCAAGUAGAAUUUUGUGGGCAAAA